CGGAACCUUAAAAAGCCCCACAUUCCUCAUGCCUGGCACAUACCAUCAGAACUCACCUGGAGUGGCAAGUUCGUCUGUGGACGGCAAGAUGGUGGAAUGACAUGAACAACAGGGUGUUUAUAGUAAAUAUGCUGCAGGGUCCUGCUACCGUGCAUGUACAGUCUGGCCACAAAUCUGAGACUUAUGAUGCUAGGGCCGGAAUGUGGUCGCACUCUGUCCCAAUGACUUUUCAAAAACGGAGCUUCAAGGUUGUUCGUGAGAAAAAGACGGUUAAUUCUCUGUGUGGGACUAUUGGAAGGAUAUUACUGGCAAGUGCUCGUGUGGAAACUACAAUUUCAAUCCUUAUGCGGGCACUCUGCUGGUGGAGGCUUCUGUUGAUCGGCUGCAGGCGGCUGGAGUGGUACUGUUGUCACUGGGAUAGUAGAGUGCACGUCCGACUAAGACUCUGGGUGUUACCGAAAUUUUUAAUGGAGGGGGCUAACUAUUCAUUGGGCAAGAUGUUACAUUAGAUAAAGUCAAUUCAAGCAUUACAGUAUUCUUGCCAUUUUUGAGAGGAUAUUGGUUACUCGAGCAUUUAGUUAUGGUAUUUUUGUGUGUGUGUGUGUGUGUGUGUGUGUGUGUGUGUGUGUGUGUAAUUCAUCUAUCCUGACCCCUCGUGGAUGAGAUUUUGUAAGCGUCACAUGGUUUCUAUUGGAUGGCGACUACUAACUAGUUAGUGUGAAC